CACUCCUGCUCUGUCCUGAUAUCCCGAUAAUCGCGUAUGAAUGGAUACGGCUUCCCGUGCUGCACUCAUGGUCCAAGACCGGUGAAAGCCUCGUGCUGCCGCAGGCGACCAGCCGACAGGUGAGCCAGUCUGCUGCAGGAGCGUGGGUCAAGAUGUCCCCGUUAUUCAUGGACUCCGAGUCCGAGUCCACCAGCCCCAGCAGUACUGCAGGAUCGGAGAGAGAAAGAGGGGGACAACAGAUGGGACCCAGAGGGACAAAAAGACGGGAGAAGAACAGGGAUGCGGCGAGGAAGAGCCGCAGAAAACAGACAGAGAGAGCAGAUGAACUUCAUGAGGAACUCCAGAGUCUUGAGCACUCAAACUCGGCUCUUCAAAAGGAGAUCGCUGCAUUGAAAAAAGAGCUGCACCUGUACACGACGUCGCUGGAGCGUCACGAACCUUACUGCCGCCUCCCCUCCAGCCUUGCGGGUUCUUCUUCUGCUGACCGUCAGACCAGCUCCAACCAUCACGGAAUCGCCGAGGCCUCGGACUCCACCGUGGCUGCUUCCUCUGCACUCCCCUUCUCUCUGACCUCCAUGACCUCCAGCCUGGGACUUCAGAGCCUUGACUGCGUCAAAAGGAACCACGUCUCUCCUCCAGCUAACACAACAUUAGCCUCCUCUGCUCAUUCUUCACCUAAGCUCUUCAAUUCCUCCUCCUCCUCUUCCUCCAGCCCAGUGACAGUUCCCUAUUCAGCAUCUUUCACCACAUACACAGCUCCGCACUCUUUAUUUAGCAAAGAACCUAUAAUGACCUCAAGCACAACAAAUGGUAUACCCAUCUGUGACGGUCUUAUUUCAAACCCAGUUCCCUCCGGUGUGCUUUCCACAGCCGCGCAGCCCACGCCGGAGCAAGACAUCCUCUGUGAAAUGGGUUACACAGCGGACGGAUUUUUUAAGGAGAAAACAUCUUUUCUAAAUGCUACAGCUGACGGUACACCCCCUUAUUCCCAUUUAGAGGCUGGAAGCGCGGGUGUAGUAGCACCGGGUUGCGUGCCCCAGCUUUCUCCAUGUCGGUUUAGUGGAAACCCAAGCAGUUCAGUUUCACCGUCUACUUUUUUACCAUCACCUCUUCAAAAUCCUCUUCCUCCUUCUCUUUUAGCUCCAGCCGUUUCAGGUUUGGAGCCAUCACCCGUGCCUUCUUUUUCCUCAAAGCAGAGUUAUGAUCAAGACAAUACAUCAAACAGUGUGUCUCUGCUCUCCCUGCUCACUGUCCCCGGUCCACUCGAUAUAUCUCAAGCUACCUCCAGCAGCUUUGAUAGGGCUCCGUCUGAACCUCCGCCAUUGGCGCCACAACCAGGGGUUCCCUCAAAGGAUCUUGAAUUUUGUGAUUUUUUCGACUGGCUCAUAAGUGGGAAUAAUAACCAAUAG